UCAGCUAUAUGUUCUUUGGAACCUCUAUUCAUUCUGGUCAUGUUUUGAAAUGUGUGGUUAUUUUACGAAGAGGAUGUCUAUUUGGAAAUAAAGGAGCCGGUCUACUCCAUUGCAGCGGUGUCCCGGCGUCAGGGAGCUUCAGACUCUGCAGACUUUACUCUCAAGUGGAACGUGAUGCCUCGUCCCUUCGGUGCAGCGAUGUUGGGGCUCGCUCUUUCCCCGCUUCUCUGCCUGUUUGGUGCCUUCGCUGCAGAAGUUGUAUGGGAAAAAAUGAAUGGAGUCCUUGGUUCAUCAGUUUUACUGGAUCCUGGAGCCAAAGUUGACCCCAGCAAGCAAGAAAUUAUUUGGACGUUCAUUGCCAGCCACAAAAGCCCUGUCACCAUCCUACAUCACAUCCCAGGUUACAUGAAGCGGGCAGAACCGAGUAAACAUUUCUGGUCCCGGUUACAGUUUAAUCUUUCUAAUGGCUCUCUAAUCGUAAAUGGAUUGAAACCCGGUGACCGAGGAGAUUACAGCCUCAUGGUAGACGACCAUGAACUGAAAAUAACACGUUUGUCCCUUUUCAGUAAUCUGUCAGAAGCUUUGAUAUUGACCACCUCCAUCUCCCUCGGUUCCACCAUCGGGCUCACCUGUAACGUCAGUGGAGAUCCUCAUCAGUUUCGGUGGUGGAAAGAUGGAGGGGAAGUCUCCCGGCGUCACCAGCUGAUAGACGGUAACAGGACUCUCGUUAUCCCGAACGCUUCACGACGUGACAAUGGAGCGUACGUGUGUGUGGCAACCAAUCCCGUCAGCUGCAUCCAGACGCAUUACCCUCUGAUUAUUCCUGAUGCAGGUUAUGGCAGCAGCAAUGUAACCAGGUGGACUGUAACCUUGUUGAUAAUACCCACGGUGAUCGUGUGUGCUGUGAUCAUUGCCGUGUGCAUUAUGGUCUGUUGCUGCAGAAACAAUGGAACUACCAACGACAACUGUGUUGGAACAGAACAGGAUGGUGCAGAGUUGCAACGAUUGAGAACUAUCGAACCAGGUGACGAAGCCGAAGCUGAGUCCGCCCAGCGCUCUGACAACGGAUGUGCCAGGCUCCAUUCCUCAAUGUUACCGUAGCUGGGUGUGCAAAAUACCUCUCUGGAAUGGCAGGGGCAACAAGCGGCUGAAGAGAACAAACCUGCCCUCCCCCACCCUCACCACCUUCUAGGGAGGUACCAUUGAGAGUGUCCUGGUAUGGCAACUGUAACAUCUCUGCCUGGAAGACUCUGCAGAGAAUUGCAAGUACAGCUGGGAAGAUCAUUGGAGCACCUCUUCCUUCCAUGCUGGAUAUCUACAACACACGAUGAACCCACAAGGUCUGCAGAAUCAUAGAUGACCCUUCUCAUCCCUCCCAUGACCUAUUUGUCCCACUGCCGUCUGGUAAGUGGUACCGGAGCAUCCAGGCCAGGACUACUAGACUGUACAACAGUUUGUUGCCCCCAGGCAGUCAGGCUCCUGAAUACCCUGGAGACGGUUUCAGACAAAUGCCGCGUCAAAAGCCCUGGUUUGCACAUCGGCGUAUAAGAAUUUUGGCUGCUACUGAACAUGUUUACACAAUUAGUGCAACACACUGAGUUCUGUAUUUCCUCUGUCCAACUCGGUUUGGCACUAACUCUGCACUAAGUUUGUAUUCUGUACAUACCGUUUUUUGCACUAUUUGUACUUGCACAAUUUUUUUUGUCUGUUUAUUGUAUGUCCUCUGUUGUGAGUCUGGGGGAAACUAGUUGGGUGCGUGACAGUAAAGUAACUUGAACUUGAACUUAUUUGCUUAAGUCUGUUUGUUUUGGACAAGGUUUGUUUAAGCUAAUGAAACUUGCCGUUCUGGGGGUAAUAAUUCCUUGGAGAACUAACAACAGCGGGUUCUGGAGACCGUAGGAAACCAGAAGAUGCGGGAAGAACUCGGUCUGUCAGGCAACAGCUGUGCAAAGAGAAACCGGUCAGUGAUUAGGGUGGAGGUUCUGGAUACAUCCACGCGUAAGUUCUGGAUACUUACAGUACCGCCCAGUGGGUGCCUGGUUCUGCAGACUGUGGCUGCUUUGAUCCUCUCCGUGUCAUUUCUUCUACCCAACCUGCCGCCUCGGUGGAUGAAGUCCCUGAGUUGAUGAAGGGGCUGAGAACGGGAGGAAACAGGUUGGUCUCGGUAACAGAGGACGUGGUGGAGGCCGAUGGGAGGAACAGACGGAAUGUUUGUAACAGGGUGAAAUGAUGGUGCGGGCAGUUUCGCUCCUUUGUCUGCAAUUUUACGCCCAGUUGCUGUAAGUGAGGAACAUUUAUGGCAUUUAAAAAGGAAUUGCGGUCAGUUCCAGUGCCUGCCACAAUGUUUCAGUGCCCGCACGUUGGGUGGCUGCAACCGGUAUCAAAACUACGUAUGUGCGCUUUUUAGAAGUGGGGGGUUAUUUAUUUAUUUAUAGAAUUAU